AUGGCGCCCGGCUUCACUCACGACGUGUCGCAGCUGAAGCUCCAGGUCGGAGGCUCGGUCAGCGCCGUCAGAGAGGCCUUCUCCAAGAUGGUGGACUUCUGCCUGGACGUGCAGACUCAGCUGACCAGAGAGGAGCUCAGCCUGAUGACGCAGUACGCAGUGGACGUGACCCUUGACCCCUGCACUGCGGCCGGGUGGCUUGUCCUGUCUGCGGAUGGAAAACAGGUGAGCGUGAACCCGCAGACUCGCCGCAGCUCUCUGUACGAUGAUCCCAAACGCUUCGACUCCUGCGUCUCAGUUCUGGGCAAACAGAGCUUCAGCUGCGGCCGAAACUACUGGGUCGUGCAGGUGGGAGAUAAAACAGACUGGGACCUGGGCGUGGCCAAAGACUCCAUAAACCGUAAGGGCGCCAUCACGGUGAGCCCGGACUGCGGCUUCUGGGCGAUCUGCCGGCGCAAGAGCGGCUGUCUGAGUGCGUGCACCAGCCCCUCGGUGCCGCUGCCCCUGAGGGAAACCCCGCAGCUCGUGGGCAUCUUCCUGGACCACACUGAGGGCCAGGUCUCCUUCUACGACGCCGAGAACAAAGUGCACAUCUACACCUUCAGCGACUGCGCCUUCGCCGAGCCGCUGCACCCGUACUUCAACCCCUGUCUGCGGGACAACGGCAAGAACACGGGGCCCCUGGUCAUCAGCCCCGUGGAGGCCGUUAUCACCGGGGGGAACGCCAUCGUCUGA